AUGAUUGGAAUACGUUAUCUUUUAAAAUCUACCGAGAAAUGUAUUUUACAUUGUCUAUACAAAAACAUUUCAAACAUGCCAAUUGACGAUAAAAAAGCGAAGUGUGUAAAAAAUAAAAGAAAUGAACAAAAGUCAAAGGAAGCUGAUGUUAACAUCAAACCUCAAUUUAAAGAUUACGAUUACUUUUUACCAGAUCGCAAAGGAGACAUAAAAGUUUGCAUGAUUGGAGGGUCUGAAUCGUUGAUUUACGCAGCUGUUCUUUUAAAACAAUUUCGUCUCAUAAAACGAAUACAUGUAGUAGAUACAAAAGAUUCAUUGGCUAAUACAGUUUUAGAUGUUAGUCAUAUUGAUACAUCACCUCGUAUAAAAUAUUUUAAAAGAAAACAUUUAAAACAAGCCCUUAAAGAAAUAAACAUUAUCGCAUUGAUGGAUGAGACAAAUUGCAAUAUGAAUCUAAAUCCUGUAGAUCAAUUUGAAGCUGUGUCGCCAUACAUAUGCGAAAUGGCUGAACAAAUGGCACAAUUAAGUUCGGAAUCUUUGGUUGCUGUUUUCGCCCGACCUGUUACAGCUACGCUUCCUGUGGUGUCAGAAAUAUACAAACUCGCCGGUUGGUGGGACCCAGACCGAAUUAUUGGUUCUACCAUGCUUGACCGUAUGCGAAUGGAAGCAUUAACCGCGAAUCUCUUAGAUUUAAAUCCUGCAUUUUUAUCAGUACCAAUAGUUGGCGGAGCAGACUCAAAUACUAUAGUUCCACUUUUAUCACGUGCUACUCCAAUUAAUCGGUUUACUAAUACACAACAGGACAUGUUAUUACAAUCAUUAAGAAGUGCGGACAAAGAAAUGGCAAACAUUGAAUUCAGAGGACCAACGUUAUCUGAUGGAGCAGCAGUUGCCAAAUUAAUUCUUGCACUUGCUGGAGGUCUUAGUGGUUUCAAAAGUAUUGUCACAUCGGCUUAUGUACGAUCAAACGUUUUACCAAUAUGCAGAUUUUUUACGAGUGAAUUGCAAUUCGGUCCAGGAGGUAUACAAAAAAAUUUCGGAUUGCCUAAAAUGUCAGCUACGGAAAUAAUACUUGUAGAACAGACAAUUCCUUUUAUCAACGAAUAUGUUAUAAUGGCGACAAAAGCAGUUCAUACUAAUAGACACAUCACCCUGAAAAGUGUAUAA